UCUCCUUGACUAGAAGCGUUACUUUAAUCAGCGUUUUUAAUUCCGGGUCUACGUGGCGCCUUGCUCAACCAAGUCCGCAAAGUACAACAGACACAGUGAGACCCCAAUAAGAAGCUCGAAACUGAAAGAAACUGUGCGAAACAAGGGUUAAAAGAGGCUGAGAGGGUGCUGAAGAAGAUGGACGUGAUAAAGACACAGCAAAUAUCAACGAGACCAAUUGAGAAAGUGAUCGUACAUCCACUGGUGUUACUGAGUAUAGUGGACAACUAUAACCGUGUUGCCAAGGACACCCGCAAGCGUGUCGUCGGCGUCCUCCUCGGUAGUUCCUUCAAAGGCACCGUCGAUAUCUCAAACAGCUAUGCAGUGCCUUUUGAGGAAGAUGACAAGGACCCUAGCAUAUGGUUUCUUGACCACAACUACCAUGAAUCCAUGUUUUCAAUGUUCAAAAGAAUUAAUGCCAAAGAGCAUGUUGUAGGGUGGUAUAGUACAGGCCCAAAGCUACGGGAGAAUGAUCUUGAUAUUCACCAAUUAUUCCACAACUAUGUUCCAAAUCCUGUAUUGGUUAUUAUUGAUGUCCAACCAAAGGAGCUGGGAAUACCCACCAAGGCCUACUAUGAUGUUGAAGAGGUUAAAGAGAAUGCUACUCAGAAAAGCCAAAAGGUUUUUGUACAUGUGCCUUCAGAAAUUGCAGCUCAUGAAGUUGAGGAAAUUGGAGUGGAACACUUGCUGAGGGAUGUGAAGGAUACCACCAUCAGUACUCUAGCAACUGAGGUUACUGGAAAACUUACAGCCCUUAAAGGUCUGGAUGCACGACUAAGAGAGAUCCGUGGUUACCUUGAUCUUGUUAUUGAUGAGAAGCUUCCAUUGAAUCACGAGAUACUUUACCAUUUACAGGAUGUGUUCAACCUGCUACCCAACCUCAAUGUUAAUGAAUUAAUUAAGGCCUUUGCAGUAAAAACAAAUGAUAUGAUGUUGGUCAUAUAUCUAUCGUCACUCAUCCGCAGUGUCAUUGCUCUGCACAACUUGAUCAAUAACAAGAUGCUGAACAAAGAACAUGAGAAGGCCGAGGAUGCCAAGCCAGCAGCAGUCCCAGCUGCCAGUGGAAGCUAAAUAACUAGGUUUUUGGGCAUUUUGGUUUCAGCCAUGACAGAACUCAAACGUUUGGAAGGGUUGGAGGAAGGAGAGUGAGGCCAGUUGUAUUAUGAGGCAUUUCAAUUAUGACAAUUUUGUGUUCUUCAUAGUAUGACCAGAGAUCACUGGCCUCGAACCUCAUGCCUUUUCAUGUGAUGUUGGACAUUUUUUUUUGGAUCAUUUUGAUUAGCCAUUUUAGAUUAGAUUCCAGAUACAUUUUGAUAUUUCUGUAAUUUUGGAGGUGUAAACUUCUGUAUCAUCUUUUUUUUUUUUUUUUUAAAUCUUGAAUGUGAGACUUGAUUCAAAAUGAAAUUAAUUGCUGCCAAUAUCCUGCAGCCAGUAGAUGUAGGUGCGGAUUUGAAUUGGGUUUGACUCCGUGUUUGGCUUAAAUAAGCCGAAUUUGAGUUCUGGAAUGAUUAGUCCGUUGAGCUUGUUUGGAAUAGAUAUUGAUGUUGGAACUUGUCUUGUCGGUCA